CAUGAUAUAACUGCCUAAUCUAUAAGAUCUUACGUGGACGUCACACCAUCCACUACACCAACUCACUUUAUAGUAUCAAUUACCAAUACAUGAUGUAGAGCAAGGUUAGGCUAGUGAAAGAACAAUAUAUUUAAUAUGAAUAGAAGACAUAAGGUAAUAUUCAGCAGAGACCACGCCUUCAUGGCCGAGCCAUGCCAUCCGAACAACUCCAAUUCAUUCAAUUCAUUGUUCGCGCCCUCUCCAUUGUCAGGUAUUUCUCCGCGUUAAAUAUUGAAUAUCUAUUUUCUGAGUAGUCUUGUGUUCAGCUUUGAGGAUUUUGUGGUUAUGGUCCAAUGCCACUACAUUCUCAAGCGACAAUUAUGUGAUCUCCUAUCAAGCCAAAUAUCUACUUGCUCCUUAUCGUAGAUCACUCGUUUACUUCAUGAGAAUUGAUGGUUUAUCAACUGGAGCUUCACCAAGUCCUGAUUCUUGUCGUGAUGUAUCAAACCGGUAUGUUUGUUUAAUUGGAGUGUUGGUUGUGAAACUCUAACAGCGCGUAACACGGUUAGCCGAUUAUGAGGUGAUUCAACAAAAUACCCUGCAUACUCCUCAAGGAUACUAUUUUGUCAAACCUUCAAAUAUUUUAUUAUUCAUGUAUUUUAAUUUGUGUAACACAAAAUAUGGGAAAUCAUACAGUUAAUGAAGUCACCAACUUUUUUGAACGUGGCAGUGAUGUCGAAGAUGAUAUCAACACUUUAGCAUCUACUAAUACACAUAUUACGGAGAAUAAUCAAUCCGUCUUGGUAUCUUCUACAUCGGACACAUUUUUAGUUCCUCCUUUGCCUCCGCAUAAUCUAGGACAUGAUAAAUCAUUAUCCUCUUCAUCCAUUUCAACACCUAAUGUGGACAAUAUCAACACAAAACGAUAUACUGAUUCUGUGAUGCUUCGAAGUGAUCAUAAAGAGUCUUCUCAGGUAAUCACUUCAGCCAUUGAUGCCCAGGUGAAAUCUAUCAAUGAAAUGUUAUCCUACUUUUCUAAAUUAGUCAAAGCUGAAAAAACUGUUCAACAGGCUCUGUCCGAUUUACUUGAUGAUCAAAUGGGAUCAUCCACUGUUGGCGGUGUUGGUGGUGGUGGCCAGCGUUUGAAUACCACCACUAUGCGUAAUUUAUUUAAAGCAAAUUAUACUCGUGGACGUCGUCGUCGUUUAACCAUGAAUAUCUUGAAUAAAAAUUUAUCUAAUUCAUCUACUGAUAGUGAAUUAAAUAAACUUUUACAAAAUCUUGUCAUUUCAACAAAUCAUCAAGCACGUAUGUAUUCGACACGUGCAUUAUUUCAUAAAUUAAUCACUGCUGGACAAUUAGAUAGUUUAAAUAAUUGUGAACAAUGUUUGAGACGAACUUAUCUAGAAUGUGAAGAAGAAUUGAAAUCACAAGCACGUCAGUAUAUGUUAAGCUUAAAAGCAUAUGAAAAGAAAUAUUUCAAAUAUAUUGGUCAAUUGUCAAAUAUACAAUCGAAAUUAACAAAUUUAUGUGAUAAGCGUUUAAUUAAUAAUCGUAAAGUUAUCGACAGUCUAAUGAAUAAUUUGGAAUAUUCUACUAAAAAAUUGCAUUUAUUACAUAACGAAUAUUGUUUGGCAUUGAUCACUGCCAAUCAUUAUCAACAGUGGCUAUAUACACAUUUACGACCAUGUCUACUUAAAGGUGUUGAACGUACUAUGCAAUUGGCCUCGGAAGUUGUCUGGCAUCUUCUAGUUUUUGGUGGUGAAAAUAUAAAUCAUUUUCAAUCGAAUUGGCUUAAAGAAUUUCAAUCUGAAUUAGAUUUAACAAGCUUAUUAGAACAAAAUGGAGUACAAUUUCCUGGACCUGUAUAUCAUACCUUCAAUCAAGCAUUAAAUAAUAAUACAACAAUAAAUGGAAAUCUUUCUCCUGGUUCUUUAAUUGUUAAUGAUUUAACUGGACAAUCAUUAAUUGAAUUAACACAGUUGCAUAAAAAUAAGGAAUUAUUGCAUAGAGAAACCGUUAAUCAAAUGACUAAAGAAUGUUUACAAUGGGAAGAAGCAUUAUCUCAAUGGCGUGCUGUGUUUGCCAAUCCAGGUCCUAAUCCAUGGUCAUCAAAUUUAUUCAAUAUACAUUCAUCUAGUGUUUCACCAAUAGUUAACACUCCACAAGAUAAUAAUUCAAAUGGAUUUCAUAAUGUAGAUAAUUCAAGUCAUUUAGCGUUGCCUGAUAUCCAAGAUCUUUGGCAUGAUGAUCGAGCUCGACCUGUUAAUCUUUGUGAAGUAUCAUUUCGUUUAGCAAUUUGUGAAUUUGAAUUAUGUUUUGCUAAUUGUCUUGCUGAUUCAGAAGCUCAAUUAGUUAAUGUAUUAACUGAUGCUCAAUGUCGUUUGAAUUGGCUUUCAUUAAAAUUACUUACAAAUGAUCCAACUACAGGUUAUCCAAAUACACCAGCUACAUUUUUACGUGAUUCUUGUGAUGUUACUACCAAUAAUACUACUAAUGGGAAUAAUAAUAAUAAUAGUGACGAUAUAGAUAUGCAAAAUGGGACUGAUGAUAAUUGUAGUCAAGCUUUGAAUGGUCAUGAUAAUUCAAUUCCCAUUUGUAAUCUAAGCGAUUCAUAUUCUACUGAUCUUCCUAAAUUAUUAACUGAACCAAUAUCCAAUUCACCAUUUGCAUUAUCUUUAUCUAAUACAUCUGAUAUGUCAUCUAGUAUAGAACAACAACUACAAUUACAACAACAACAACAACGUCCAGAACGCAAUCGUCUUUGGCAAAGUGUUAGACAAUCUAUGUCGAAAUUUCGUUCACAUUUUAUUCGUAAUAAUAAUAUUCGUUCAUCAACAAGUUCUAUACCAAAUACACGUACAUAUCAAUGUCGUCUUCGUGAAACUAUUAUCACUACUAUACCAAUAUUAAAUACUGUAAAUGAUAAUAAUAAUAAUAAUAAUAAUAAUAAUAAUAAUAAUAAUAAUAAUAAUAAUAAUAAUAAUCAGUCGUUACAUAAUCCAACUAUGAAUGGAUUAAAUAAUCAAAACUCUUUAGGUAUGGAUACUCCAUUUUAUCAUCAAAAUAAAAAAUUCAAUCAACAAAAUCAUAUACAAUCUAAUCGUGAAUCACAAGAUUCAUCAUCCAUUUUAACCAGCUUUCCUAUAGUGAAUGAGUGUGAUGUGGAUAUCAACAAGGAACCGUGGUUUCAUGGUGUUUUGCCUAGAGCAGAGGUGGAACGUCUUUUACAGAAUCAAGGGGAUUUCCUUGUUCGACAAACAAGUAAACGUUCCAGUGGGCGUGAUACCUUAGCCCAUUGGAAUGGAACUAAUGGGGAUUUAAUCAAUGGUAGUCAUAACGAAACAAUAUUAAAUAAAGAUCAUAAUAUUGAUGGAACUGUUUUACGUAUGGUUUUAUCUGUCUUUUGGCAUGGUCAUAGACAUUUUAUUGUAUAUGGUGGACCAGAGUCAGGUGAAGGUUGGCAUUUAGAAGAUGGUCAUUUCUCUACAGUAAGGGAACUGGUUGAAUAUCAUAUGAAAACUCAAACUCCCGUGACAGCAAAAUCAGGUGCAUGUCUUAUUACACCAAUUUCAAGACCUGAUUGGGAACUAGACAAUCGUGAUGUACAACUACUACAAAAAAUUGGUCAAGGUAACUUUGGUGAUGUUUACCGAGGUGUAUAUAAUGGAAAUGAAGUUGCAGUGAAAACUUGUCGUGUCGAUAUGACAGCAUCAGAUUUACGUAGGAAAUUUCUCCAAGGUGAAACAACUGCUUUAAAUUUCAAUCAUCCAAAUAUUGUCAAAUUAAUUGGUAUUGCAGUUCAAUCUUAUCCAAUUAUGAUUGUGAUGGAGUAUGUUCCAGGUGGUUCUCUUUUAAAUCAUUUACGUAAAUCAAAAAAUGCAUUACCUGUUAUGAAACUACUUCAAAUGAGUUUAGAUGCUGCUAAUGGAAUGAUGUAUUUAGAAGCGAAAAAUUGUAUUCAUCGGUAAGUUUUAUUUUACUCUCAUUUCAUAUCAAUACAGAAAUUCAUAUUUGAUAAAUUCGAUCCCGAUAAUGGUUAUAAACAGAUUGAUUGUUGUGGUACAACUAACGUCCUCCUACUACCUGUAGUGAGUUUUGGAGUAUACGUUCUUUAAUAACUUUCAAGAGGGUAGAUUCAAUAGAAAUGAAUUCACUUUGAACUCUGAGAUGGAGGUACAUCCAGCCGAUGAGUCCCAAAUGGGACGAAACGCGCGUCGUGGAUUCCACUGCUAGCCACUAUCCAUCAUUGCUUACAAAAUACCAAGACCACAUUUUGAAUAAUUUUCUCUGGUUUGAGUUUUUUAGCGAGUUAGUUUUCUACGGGAUGAGUUCGCUAACCCCAUUCCCAACCCUCUGCUUUUAUCCGAGCUUGGGACAGACAGUAGCCCCGAAGGGGCUCUAGACGGACCUUGUUAUUUAUUCACUUAUCAACCUCGGGUGUUUUUAUAUGAGCGUUUGUGUGUGUAUUUCUUAUCCUACCUAUCACAUAUCUGUAGCUUAUUUCUGUGUGACUAUAAAUAUUGAUUCACGCUUGGCUAAAUCAAGCUGGGUCAUUCGCCUUCUCCACUGUGGUUCAUUUUGCUUCACUCUCUUCGCUUCGUUCUUCCGAUAGUUUUUCUGGAUCAACGAUUGUAUGAAAUAUACAUAUUCGAAAUCCAUUCUUCUAUAUGAUUUAAUUAAUUACGUUAUUCACUAGCUCGAAUUAGGUCGAUGAUUAUAUACGAGGAUUAGCGACAUGUAUAUUUCAAUAACAAUCAAUUAUACGAUCUGAAUGGAGUGAGAUCUCUGGCUACUAAAAAUCUAUUCAACAGUGUUUUAGCUUGUGCGAAGAAGUAUAAAUUGGUGUUUUGGUGGAAUUUCAUUCAGUCUUAAUCACGAUAGAAUAUGGAGAAGAAUGACUACUUGAAACUGGGUUUGAAUAUUGAAAUUUUGUUUACAGUGUUUGCGAUAAUCAUCAAGUUUAACCACUUUAUCCCUAGUAUUAGCCAUGUUGGUAGAUGAAGACUACAUGCUUGAAGUCCGUGUGACUAUCGUAACCAACGGUUCGGGACUCUGUGUGACAUGGCUCAGAAUCGAUCACAAUGGCGUCAGUGUAUGCACUUUCUAUCUUCCUUUAAACUAUGAGAUUAAAGUCCUUUCAUAUCUUUCUACGAAUUAAUUCUUUCUUCUUGUAUUAUAUCCUUAUACACAAUCUAUUUGUAUUGAAACAGUGAUUUAGCAGCAAGAAAUUGUUUAAUUUCUGAUGAUGGUCAAUUAAAAAUAGCUGAUUUUGGCAUGUCGAGAGAAGAGCAUAUAUAUGAAUUAAGUGAUAAACGAGGUCAAAUCCCAAUUAAAUGGACAGCUCCUGAAGCACUUCGAACUGGUCGUUACACUAUUAAAUGUGAUGUAUGGUCAUAUGGUGUACUUUUAUGGGAAAUAUUUACUUUUGGUGAUGUUCCUUAUCGAAAUUGGUCUAAUCAACAAACAAGGGAUAUGAUUGAAUCAGGUUACAGAUUACCUGCACCUGAUUUAAUGCCAGUUUGGUUACGUACAUUAAUGAAUCAUUGUUGGCAUGAUGAACCAAUGAAUCGACCAAGUUUUAUAAAAAUUUCUAAUGAAAUUCAAAUUCCUAAUGUGAAUUCAUUUACACCAAAUUUAAAUAGAUCUAUAGAUCAUUCUAAACAUUGUCAAUUGAAAAUAUCUAAUCAUGAAAAUAAUACAUCAACAAUUCCAUUACAUUUAUCAAUUCCUAUUAAAGAUAGACGAACUAGAGAAGAUUAAUAUGGGGAUAUAUCUUGUUACCUAUGCAACAGACAUCCAAUUUUAUACAUGUAUACAGAGAUUGAUAGGUUUAUAUGGAUACUGGUCGGUCUUGUUACUAUGCCGCUAUACAUACAUACAAUUGUUUAUAUGGAUCUGUACGUACAUGUAAUAGUGUAUAUGCAUUGCAAUUUUCUUUUUUUGUUAUUUAAGCGCCUUUUUCAUCAUUCCAUUUAUCGUUAUUCCUUAUUGAGAUUACAGUUCAGUUAUGGUAUUUAUUGUUGUGUAAAUUUCGAGUGAAAAAAACAAAACCACUUUCUAUUUGUCUUUUGUUCUCAACAAAAAUUAAACACUAUGGUGAUUGAAAUAUUGGUUCAAUUUAUUAUUUGGAAUUCAUAGUUCACUGAAACCAUGCUGCAUAUCACAUCAGUUCAUUAAAAAAACUUGAUUAUUCUACUAUAUACUACCUUACUUACUUACUUACGCUUGUUACUCCUCGUGGAGGAGCAUAGGCUGUGCCCACUAGCACUAUAUUGGGCAUUAUAUUGGCUUCUAUACUACCUAUAAUCAUUGUAAUUGUCAUCAUAAUAUCUCUAUAUCAAUCCAUUUCAAUAAUUUUCCAUAACUUCAAUAUAUUACUUAUAUACUUAUUUAUAUGGAAAUUGUUUUAUUCUUUCUUCUUUCAUGGUUUUUCUUGUUCUUCUUCUUCAUUACUUACAGACUGUGAUAAUAGUAGAUUUAAUUUGUAUAUUUUUUCAGAUUUAUUACAUUUUCCAUAAUAAAACAAAAUUACACAUAGGAAUGAUAUAAAGUUGAUUGUGUUGACUUACAAUUUUCCUUUGGACGUUUUUAUCAUUCUCAGAGUGUGUGUAUGCGAAUGUGUAUGUGUCCAAUAUGUCAUACAUCAACAAUGUAGUUCAUUACGUACAAUAAUGAUUUCAGAAAUGAUCCUACUUUCCAUUAUUGAAUACAGACACCUUAAUUACUUAUAUAUACAUCAACUUACUUACUUACGCCUAUUCCACUUCGUAACGUAUACUUGAAACGCACAUAUAUCUAUCAUUGUGUGGUUAUUCUCAAUAUGAGUAUUCUUUACAUGCCUUCCUAUGAAUAAUGGUCUCAUUCUUUUCUCUUUUUUGUAUAUUUAAUUGUAUUCUUAUCAAGGUAGGGUUUUUUUCUCUUUUGAAAACACAAAAAUAAAAGUAAUUAGGUACAAAUUAGGUGCAAGUCAUCUAUUGUAACUUAUGAUUAAAAUGUAUUCUUAUCACUUACUUUUUAUAAAAGUAAAUAAACAAAUUAAUUAAUACAUAGAUUAUUAUUGUACUGUUAUCAUCAUCACAUGUAUGUUUGCAUAUUGUUUGAUGUAUUGUUUACAUUAUGUUAUGAUUAAGUUUAUUCCAUUGUUUGUUCACAUUGUGAUAUGAGCUACUGAUACCUAUACAAGUAGUAUUAUUAUUUAUUUAUUUGAACCCAUAAAUAGUGGUUUAAGGAGGCACCAGAUACAUAUGCGUCAUACAAAGCAAAUGAGAUUUGUAUGAAGGCUGUCCGGGUGCCCAAACCGAAGCAGGUGGUCUAAUCCACAAGGCAGUGGAGCAUCGUGAGGAGAUGCAGUCCCAUGGUAGCCGAUGAUCAACAAUAACUUCAUACUUCAUUUUUUUCCUCAGGAUCAUUCAGCCCAUGUACACCAUUGGUUUGGAAUGGUGGUUUUCCAACUCCCCUCGAUGGCUCGUCAACCCGGUUAAAGCGUCGGACAUUCGCUUUUCGUCUUCUCAAUUUCGUAAGCAACAGUGAUGCCGCGCGAAGAUAGUGAGUAGGACUUCCCUGGUAGUGGGUGUAUACGCGUAGGCAUGUGAGAGGAUUUAGAGAGGACGACCUGACUCUUCUCACUGUCGGCCGUAGCAAGGCAUUCGGCGGCAAGCACGAGGGCUCGCUGAGACUCGAACUCGGGUCGCUGGAUUCAGAGUGCUAACCGCUACAUCACGAAGCUUACAUUAAGUCGCAAAACGUCAGAAAUACAAUUUUUGGGAUCUAACAAGAAAU